AUGAGAAGUAAUGGGAGAGGUUGUGGAAGUGGUCCCAGUUCUGUCCCUUCAUCUAUUGGAUUACAAAAUUUAUUUGGAAGGAAUGGAACUAUAGAUUCUGAUUCUGGAGCGUCUAAUAAUGAUGCUGAAAGUCCAAUUUAUAGUAUAUACACAAAUCCAUCAGAAAUUGAUGUAGAUGGAAGUGGAGAAUUUUGCCCAGAUCAACAAACAACAUUAGAUGGAGGGGAACAACAAAGACAACAACAACAUUACCAUAAUCAACAAUUAAAUGUUGAUUCCUUCCCAACAGGAAUUGUUGUAUCAGAACAAUCAAAAACUCCCCAACCACCUCAACAACAACUUUUUUCAUUUGAACAACAAUUAAAUAUUUCAACAACAAAUCAACAACAGCAACAUUCUCAACCAUCUACCCCCCAACAAUUAAAUAAUCCAAAUCAGUCAAUUAAUAAUAAUUUAAUCUUUUCACCUCCAAUUAGUUCAAUUAAUUGUUCACAACCUUCACAGGCAGCUUUGCUAGCUGAACAACAAUAUUUACUUGCUGCUGCUUUUGGUAAUUAA